CCGACUCCUUCUCUGGCACUGCUGAACAGUCUUCAGAAUAUGCUGGUCGUAAUCACUUAAUAUUCAAUUUACAUGCUGGCACUUGGCCAUAUUAUCAUGAAGACGAGUAUCGUUUAUGGUUAGGUCAAGCAAUACUGGCUAAAGCCAGUUUCUCCACGAAACAUUUUCGUCCAAAAUUUGAUAUUUCUCUACCACUUAUCCAUCCUCAACAUCCUACAAGAUCUGGAGUGAAACACUUACAACAUUUAGUAGUGACCAGUGAACAUUUACGCGGUCGUCUUGAUCUGCCUUAUCUUUUAAGUUUUAAGGGUAAACGUUAUGUUAGCGGGAUAGGAUCAGCUUCACGUGAUAUACUUUUUCACUUGCAUAAUGGAAAAGAUAUAAUUAUGUUGACUACUUGUCGUCAUGGUACAGAUUGGAUACGAUAUGCUGAUAAACGAUGUGCCACUGAUAUGGCACUAUACGACACGUACGAUUAUUGGGAAUUGAUGUAUAAUUCAACAUUUUGUCUUGUUCCACGUGGACGCCGGCUUGGAUCUUAUAG